GUAGAAGGGAAUUUUGCUCAGCACGCGCAGCAGAGCGACACGGCACGCACAGGCCAGGCGGGCGAACAAAUAAUUAUCAUUUCGCUAUCGUGUGGCAGUUUCUUGGGGCCGGUCAAAGUGUCAUCCUCCCGGCCGUUAGCCUGACGAAGAAAGAUGGAAACACACGCGAAAGCGAUCACGGAGCUGCGCGAGAAGUUUUUCAAAAAGCUGGAUGACGAGGGACCACCCGAUUCCAGAGGUUUCCACCCUGCUGAUAUAACCAGAAUAAAGAAUAGUGAUGACUGGCUGAGACGAUUUUUAGAACAUCAUGAGUUCAACGAACAGGAGGCACUCAAUAUGCUUUGGGAAACCUGCACUUGGAGAAGAAAGUUUGGAACAAAUGAUAUCACCGAAGAUAAUAUCAGGAAAGAUUAUUUAGAAGAAGGCGUAGUCUUUGGCUUUAGUAAAGAUAAAGAUGGCAAGAAACUUUUUGUAAUUAAAUCAAAGUUGCAUGUUAAAGGAUUAAGAGAUUUUCCAGAGCUUCAGAGAUGCAUAGUUUAUUGGUUUGAAAGAUUAGAAAGAGAAGGAAAUGGAAAUCAGAUAUCACUUUUUUUUGAUAUGGCAGAAGCUGGACUUUCAAAUAUGGAUAUGGAACUUACCAAGUAUCUCAUUGGUCUAUUCAAAUCUUAUUACCCAAAUUUUUUAAAUUACAUCAUUAUUUUUGAGAUGGCCUGGAUUUUAAAUGCAACUUUUAAAAUAAUAAAAUCAUGGUUACCCGCUAAAGCUAUUCCGAAGAUUAAGUUUGUUAAUAAAUCCAACUUGAAGGACUUUGUCAAUGCAAACGAUGCGAUGAAAUGUUGGGGAGGUAAUAAUGAUUAUACCUUUAAGUUUGUCUCUGACGAGCAAACGAGUGGAGAUGGCGUAAUGAAUGGCAAGCUGGAUAAUAAAAAGGUCCACUUUGUAGACAAUUCACCACUCACGGAGCAAAGUCCGACUAGUAUUGGAGAUCAGAUUAAUGAAGAACAAUUGUUAUCCAUAGAACCCUCAGAAGUAAUUACAUUUAAUAGAGAUGGGAAUGAUAUCACUGGGACAAUUACGCUUACAAAUAUUAAAACUGACAAGUCUCUAUCUUAUAAGAUAAAGACAACGUCGCCUGAGAAAUUUAGAGUACGGCCAAGUUCGGGAGUUCUGCAACCGUCUGAACAAAGAAAUGUUACGGUUGUACUGCAACCUGGUUAUAAUGUACGCGGUCUAUUGUACAACGAUCGAUUUCUAGUCAUGUGCCUCCCAUUAAAAAAUGCAACUGCUACAGCGCAGGAAUUGAGUGCACUCUGGAAGUCUGAAAAGGCGACAGAGAUGCAUCGAUUGCGAUGUUGCGACGGUACUAUCGAAAAUAACGAAAUACAAAAAUCUCAUUCUGCGCUAACUUCCACAGUAGCAGGAAAUGAUCGUAUUGAUGCAUUUUCUUCUAAGAUAAACCAUUUAGAAAAAUAUAACAGCAAAAUAUACAGCGAGAUUGUUAUUGUAAAAUAUAUGCUUUUAGUUUCCAUAAUAUUGACCAUUUUAAUGGCAAUGUUUAUGGGCUAUAUUUUACAAGUAGAUAUUAAAAAUUUGGUGGAUCAACAAGAAUGUCGGUUUUCUCGUGAUUAAAACAUGUUUGAAAGUACGUAUUUGUAAUAAGAACAACUUUGAUAUAUUAGAAAAAUAUUUAAAAAAAUCUUUAAAUUGAAUCUAUAAUCAUGCAAAGAUAUUAUCUUCUAUUACAUAAUAAUUAACAUGUUAAAGUUUUUAUACAUUUUCUGUUCUUCCAAAAGAAAAUAUUUAUAGAUGUUUAUUUUGUGUAACUUUAGAAAUUAAUUAUAUACUAUGUUAUGUCAUUUUUUUAUAUGUACAUACAUACAUAUAUAUAUGUACAAAUAUACAUGUAUAUACAUAUAUGCAUGUAUACACGUGUAAUUAUCAUCUAAUAAGUUACCAUGUGGUGUUUUGUAAUGCAAGGUAUGCAGAAGUACAGUAUAUUGUAAAAUUAUAUUAAAACUGCUAUUUUUAUACAUAUUCUAUGAAAUAUCCUGAUUAUAUUAAACUCGUGGAUUGAUAUAUAGGCAUAAA